AGUUUAUUUAAAUCAAUAAAGACAGUCACGUUGUUCAAGUUGUGAAGGACGUACGUUUUCAAUGAGAUAACAUGGCAUCAGAAAAAAAUCAACCCCUAUCUGAAUCCCAUUCCAUAAAUAGCGACUCUAAAGUUGAAGUAGAAAUUACAAAAUCUGUAAACAACGUCAGUGAAGAUGAUCAUUCUACACGUCAAGGAGAUAGAAAAAGUCUCGUACCAGAACCGUCUAAACAAAAAGAUGCAGGCACUCUCUGGCUAGUGUUCGCCUUGAGAUUCUUCUUAUUUUCGCCAAUAAAGUGGAAGAGAAAUGGUUGCUGGAUAAGUCUCUUUCACCUAGUUUGGUUUGCUGUGUUCAUCGCAAAGACUUGGUACCUCACAGUGAUGACAUUUGAAAUAGGAAAUUGUCGUGAAACUGUGUUCAGUAGCAUAGAAGAUGGUUACAUAGCGUUACAUCACAACUUAUUAAAACAUUGGGAUGCAAGUUUUGAGACGUUGCCAUAUCCUCCAUCUACUGGGAAGUUCGCUGUUUAUAAUCAGGAAGAUCUACGAAAGAGGAUCAAUUAUGCCGUCGAAAAUGUCUUGAACGCUGAAGUUACAGCAACUGGAUAUUUCAAGAGAUUUGAGAGUGAUUCUGUAACGAUAAAUCUCGUUUAUUUUGAUCUGGAACACGAUCAUGGAUUCCAUAAUUUUACCAGAAUUGUCACGAACAUCAAUAAAAACUUUGAGCCAUACUAUGGAUUGUCAAAAUACGAGGAUAUCUAUGGCAACACAUUAUAUAGCUACAAUAUAACAGAGGAGCUAGACAUGCUCAAUAUUUCAUCUUCUCUUGACAGAAUGUUGCUUUUCAACAUAAUGUUUUCAUUGCACACUCUAAGAGUAAGCAAGUCAUACAACGAUUUCAGAUGUCAGCAUAUAUAUGGAAACGUAACAUUUGAUGAUAAUAACCACAAUGGGCAGGUUAACGUUGGUCUCAGCACUUAUACAAUGCCAAUAUCAUGUUCUAAAAUGAAUUUUUCGCAAAAGGAUUCUCCACAAUGUAGAGGAUACACCGGUUAUGUGGACAAGCGAGUUAAAUUCUUGUCAUGGACCACUGUGAUUGGUGAUGCUCUUUUAUUUAUUGGGGGAAUCUAUACAUUGUAUAGAACAUAUUUAUACAUGAAGGUUAAUUAUCAUCAUAUCUACGGUGGGUCGUGCGAAGAAGAUAAUCUUCCAUGGAGUGAGUAUUUAUGUAAUAUAAAAUGGUGGUAUAUUACAUCCAUUAUUGGUGAUGUCUUCACAUUGAUGGGUGUUGUAUGGAUAGCGUCAACGCUCGGUGAGGAGGACAAUGAUUUUAAACAGCCUUUGAAAGAAUGGGACAAAAAUGUUGUGUAUAUUGGCUCAGGAUGUUUAUUGACAUGGUUUUCUAUGUUACGAUUUAUAAAAAUUAAUCACAAGUUCACGUUGUUGUUCAAAACACUCCAAAGAUCAGCUGUAGAUGUCCUCUUUUUCUUGUCAUGUGUAACAAUCAUCUUUGUGGGUUUUCUGUUUUGUAUAUAUGUUGUACUUGGACCAUACAAUAUUAAGUUUGACAAUCUUUCUACAACUGCGGAAACAUUAUUUUCGUUGAUAAAUGGUGACGAAAUUUUUGUAUCGUUUGAAUUUCUAAAAAGGGAAGAGGCUGGAGACCAACAAAGAAUAUAUCUAUUCUCAAGAGUUAUCAUCUUUGUCUUUGUUAUCAUCUUCACUGUGUUUGUCUUAAACCUCUUGAUAGCUUUGUUCAACAGCGCUUAUGAAGUCGUUAAGAAAUCGUACGAACAAGAAGAAGAAGAGGAAACGAAAGACAUACCAAAGACGCUGGCGUAUUUCAUGUGUAAAGAUUUCGAAGAAAAUGCGAAUUGUGGAAGGUAUUACAGUGCCUCGCUUGAUGAAAAAAGCAGUUUACUUAGACACAGAUGUGGCAAGGAAAAUAAUGAUAGGUGUUGUUUUUGUACAUGUGGAGUUUUCAACACACUGGUCCAUUUCUUAUGCUGCCAUACUUUUACAAUUUGUUGUUGUCAUUGUAAAGCAACAUCAAAGUAAAAAUAACAAAGUUAUUUAUUCCAGCAGAAAGUACAUGUAUGUUUCUAUCCGCAAUAUAAGACUUCAAUGUCGAAUCAUAAGGUAUUUGUUAAUUUUCACAGGAAGAAGUUUUGUUUUACAAGAAUAUGCGUCAAUACUUUUUGGUACAAUAUAAACAGUCUCGUUAUAUAUCCCUUUCUAAACGAAGAAUAGAAGUCUUCCAUUCAAGUGUUGAAUGCUUUAAUAUAAUUUGUCUGAAAUUGCAAUGACGAUGUAUACCAACAAAACAGGCACUCGAUUAUGAAUGCAUGUUAGUUUCGAAUCUUGUGUGGUACUUCACUCUCCAGCUUGCUCACGGAACGUCGGUGUUCUACGUGGGUGCUCGUUCGUGAAUAAAAUAAUGCACGGAAGGGCAUCUGACGUCUUCCUCAACAAGUAAUCUAUAAAGUCGCCAUAUGACAUCUUCUUUGUUGGUGCAAUGUAAAAGCCAACCAAACAAAAUAAAUUUGUAAAAAAAAUAAGAUGAAUGAUUCAUUUCACCUCAGUAAUUUUUACGUAAAUAAACCUUCUUGUCAUUAUUA